UCCCUAGUGAGGAUGGACCACGAAGUCCGUGGAGGGUGGAGGUUCGGGGCGCUUCCUGUGGUUGGCGCUAGCCUAAAAAAAUUCACGUCAAAAACGCGGCCGAAUGUCUUUUCAAUGCGACGAAAAUGGUGAAGCGUGGGAAAAAGUGGGCAUCGAGUGAAGACUUCGGUAGCUCGAAUCAUGACAGAGGCGUCGGACGAUGGUAACUACUUAGUACGGGUACGGGCACAGGUAAUGACACGGGACGAUAGUUCCGGAGGUUGGGUACCUUUAAGCGGAGGAGGCUUGGCAAAUGUCUCUGUGAGGCGAAGACCAACCUUCGUGGGAGGACAACAACCUACUAGUACUAAUAGUACCACUAUCCCUUCGGCGACGGUCACGUUGACGUCCUCAACCACCAACUCUGUGCAUUCCACCACAAGUACAACUGUCAAUACUCAAAGCCAUGGAUCUUCAAGCACGUCACCACCGUGCGCUACUAAAAGAAGACAUGAGUACCUCAUUUAUGGCAAACGCAUAACCGAUCAAUCGGUUGUUCUUAGCUGUACAAUAAAAAAGGAUUUUGAAUAUAAUAAGGUCAUGCCCACGUUUCAUCACUGGCGUACAGGAGAUAAGAAAUUUGGACUAACAUUUCAAACGGCUGCUGAUGCAAGAGCCUUCGAUAAGGGCGUUCGUACAGCAGUCGAAGAACUGUUGGAAGGUCUUGCCGAUUCAACUCAAUUUGGUGAUUCCACAGAUGUUGGUGAUGAUGACGUAUUUAUGACACUAAACUUACCAGUAGAACCCCUCGAUGUACAUCAGUCGGAAACGCGAAGCGGGAUAGGUCGCAUGCCCAGUUAUCAUUCCCAGUGCCCAGAUCUUCCGGAUCCGCACAGACCUAUCCAUUAUAUUGACGGGUCGUCCGUCAAAGUACCUCCAUCGCAACAUCCACUCGAAUCGUCCGGGGAUGUUGGAUCGGACAAUUAUCCUUACGUGCAGCUCACGACACUUAAUCAUGAAUAUUUAUACCCAGUCAUCGAGGAUCAUAAGGGAGACAGAUUAGAUAGGCGCAAUUCUGGAGGGUCUCUGAAGAAGCCAGAUAUAAUAGUAUCGCAACCUACCAAGAGUCCAGUCAAACGCAACAUCCGUUUGCGUUGUAAACAUUGCCAGGAACUGUAUUCCGAGCAACACAAUUCAAAGGGGUCCUGUGAAUAUGCCCCUGAUCCGAUAAGGCGAGGAAUCGAUACAGUGUCUUGCCUCUCUUGUGCUCAGUGCAUGCUUUAUCACUGCAUGAGCGACGCCGAGGGUGACUUCACGCAAAACCCGUGCAGUUGUAGGAUGGAAGAAGGUUGUGCUCGGCAAUGGUUCGGACUGGCACUGCUGUCGAUGAUCGUUCCUUGCUUAUUGUUUUAUCCACCGCUAAGAGCCAUCCACUGGUGCGGAAUGACCUGCGGGAUGUGCGGUGGUCGUCACUAUCCCAUGGAAUAACUGGAGGAGCCCUUUGAUAUCUCUGCUCCAUUCUCAGUCGAGCUGGAACAUUUGACGUCGUCGCGGAACGUAGUGGCCAAUGUUUACGAAUGUCACGACUUGAAUAUGGGCCGGUGUCAGAGAUAUCAAAGGGGUAGGCAGCUUCCGGUACACGCGCUUAUUCAUCAGCGUCACCUCUGAGUCAGCAUAUGCACCAUUAAAAGAAGAAACGACGUGAGCACAACCUAUCGCAUUUAAUCUUGACACGUGUACGCUCGCCAACUGUGUAUAUUUUGUUAGUAGAUCGUAUUAUCUAUAUAUGGUCAGACGUUUAUCGGGCCGCCCGGUAACUGAGCAGUUAUUUAGUACUGGCACAAUGUGCAAAAACCGAUAGCUCGCGGACACUGAUCGUACCAUUAUCCUGUAAUGGGGUACCGCGUGCUUUUUGGUCCACCGCACAAUGAACGUCAUAAGGAAUAAGGAUCUGCGAAAAGGUUUUUAACUGACGUGAACGUCGAGCAUCUAGAAGUGUCUGAAAGCAUGUGUUACAGACAAUUGAACCGGCUCGUUUUCAUAUUCCAGUUUGCAACAAAAUAUCCGGGAAAAAGGGACGGUGUCGCGAGGAGUUCUCUCAUUUAUUGUAUCACUGAUGUUUGUAUGCUGAUUCUAACGUUUUCUAUUGUUGUGGAUUAGACCUUUUUUUUAAUCUCUUAACAUGCUAUUAAAAUAGAGUUUGUAUUUUCGGUUUUUGUAAGAAGUGUAAGAUAAGUUACUACCGAUUAUAAUACCCAUCUCUUUGAAAUGUCUUAAAGACAAUAUUUUAGAAGUGAUCUGUAAUUAGACUCACACGAUGUAAAUAUUUCUGCGUUAUAAUUUUGUGUAAUUCUAUAUUUUCUUUGUAGGGCUCUUCUUAAGCAUACAUGUGAGACCUGGUUCAAAUAUCUGUAAUUGCAGACUUCAAUGAUGACGCCUUCGAGAUGAUAAUAAUGGCUACGUUAUACGUCUGCUAAAUGCCUUUAACUUUUCGACACUGUUAUUCCAAGAAAUCAUCAAUAUUUUUUACCUGCAAGUAUACACUGCUUGGUAUUCUAACGUUUAUAUUUCGUCUCUUAUUCCUUACACUUUUUAUUACGUGCGGUUUUUGAAUUCGAUAUGAUGUGAGGCUUAGUAUGAACACACGGACUUUUACCAUGGGCACAAAUGGACACUGCUUAAAACGGGCUAAUCCACUCGCGUGGUGGCCGGUAAUAUUUUCUAAGCACACGAAGUUUACCUUACGUUUUACUUAAACCCGGAGAAAUUACUUCUUAACGUGACAAUGCCUUCAAUUUGAGCGAGAUAGAACAUAAUGUAAUAAAUAAGCUGUUUCGUUUGAACCAUCUUUACUGGAUGGUCCAUAGGUGACAUCAAUACUUAGCUCAUCAUGGAAAAUAUAGUCUAAUACCGUUGAAAUCUAGGAAUGGCAGAAUGAGAAGUACAUUAUUGCUAUUUGUUGCUCAUUUUCAAAUUUGCAAAGAAAUGCACGAGGAAAAUCCCAUAUGAUUGCUUUUCGUACAACAGUAGCUACUCAGAAACAAGUGGUUAAUUACUUUUUCGGUAUAAGUAAACGGUACUUGGUAAUGAAAGCGCAAAAGCACCGAUGGAAAUUUAAAACUAAACAACAGCCUGUCUUGUUGCUACCUUGAUUAUGUAUUAUGCCAGUCAAUGAUUUUUGACUUUAUCGAAAGUUCCUUUUUCAAAUAUGUUACGUUGUUAUAUUAACAUAAGACUUAUUCGAACUGUGGAAAGUAGAAUGCACUGAUAUUCAGAAAUAUUGAGCCUGGACUGGCUCCACGUUUCGUGUUGGCAACAUACCGAUCAAGAGACACGACAUCAUCUCUCUAGAUCUCGAUUCUGACGAAUACAACAGUAUUAAAAACAGUUUCCAUUUUUUCUCUAAUUAUUUUUAAAUGUUCUUUCCGAAGAAUCUAAUCCAGCCAACUUUGAAUGCACAAUUUUCACGUUGGAUUGCUGUUCCCAUCGUAGAAUUCAGAUGUUUUUGCUCUUAUCGAUCCUACGGCAUUUUUAAGAUUUUACCGUGUUAUACACGUUGAUUCUGAUAUUGCGUGUUUUUCUUUCUGCGACCAUAAUAUUCGUGUAAUGAAAUUUCAAUAGCUUUUUAUUUAUGAUUGUUACAUUAUCCAUGGGACUACUCCUUUCUUAAUUAUGCCGACUACUUCUAUGUCUUACUAGUGUUUCAUACCGAUAUGAUUAAUUUAAUCGAUCGUCGGAUUUUGAUAAUGAUUUUUCCGUUAAUAUUAUUAAGGCUUAUAAAUCACCUAAAGGCCCCGUACUGUUAUUAAAAUCAUAAGUGUCAGGCCCGUUUUAGCCAAUAUGAGAAUUUUCUAUAGGCGACACUUAUUAAUUGCUGUAAAGAGAAAAAAUGGAAAAAGGACAGUUCUUCCGGCUUCGUGAUUUUCAACGCACUCCAAAGAACCCAGAGAGCCUGCUUUAAUAUUCGAAUGACGUAUCCCGAAGUUGGUACACGCGUAAUACAAAUAAAAAUGAUAUAAUAAGUAAAAAAAACCAUCCACAUCUGCCACAUCCGCAGCUAUUGGAUAUGACGUAGUUAGCAAUUGUUUAAAGUAAUGUACACCGUAAAUUACCACGUUCGCCACCAGAACAACUGGCGAGGAAACUGUUACACGAUUGUCAGUCGCCGGUGCCUGCCGUGGCAGUGAACGUGUUAAACAUGUAAAAUACCGUAAGUUUUUCUACAGAUAAGGGAAACGCGACUAGUUCUUGAUGAGCGUAAGUAACGUGGUUCUUAUUAGCUCACUUACUUUUGAGAGUACGUUUUAGCUCUCCUCGUACAGCACAAAAUGUUCAAGAAUGUAAGCACCACUGUCAUUAGAGCUAUUCAAGUGAUACGCAACAUACUUUUCUCCCCAUUUUUGAUACCUACUCAGUCUCAUGUAACGCAUUAAAAAGAAUAACCAAGUAUUUCAAAUGUAAAUGUUCCCUUAGCAUCAUUACCUGGAACGGCACUUUUUCAGCUUUUGACAAAAUCUCAGCUUUAUCCACAUUUCUACCGACUGUUUGAAACUUACUCGUAAUCUUGUGUACUUCGUGUUAAUUUCUUUCAUUCCAUUUCACUUUUAUUUCAAACAGAACCUGUAAUGUACUAGUUCCCUUGAUUAUGUACAUUCCCUCUACUGAAUUUUUUUAUUUUUCCUUCCCCAAGAAGGAAUGCGUAUUUUAAUUUAUUAAUUUCUGGAUAUCUCCUUGACGAUUUCAUUUAAAAAAGAAAAUAUGUUCGGCUUUCUAUCGAAGCCCUCUUGUGCUCCUAUAUAAUGAAUAGUAACAUCGUAAGUACUUGUAAAAUGUCUUGUAUGUAUUAUUUGAAUGGCUGCUUUCUGGCUUUGUGCUGUACGAGUAUGUCCUAUUCAGUCGACUUUUUACCUAUCGAUGCAAAUCGGGGAAAAUGGAAUUAUUUAAAGAACACGGUGAUAGGCUCAAUCUCGUGAAAAUAAAAAGCUACGAACGCGCAUUCUUUCGAGCCCUGGUAUCGAAUCCUUUUUUACUGUUUCUUCGCGUUUAAUGCAAGUCUGCGACACUCGCACUAUUGGACGGAAAGUGUAUGUAUAAUGCAAUUAUUCGUUGAGAGUAAUUCUGUAUCUUUCUUUUUUUUUCUCUCUCUCUUUUUCAUUGAUCUUUCCUUUUUAUAAGGGGAAUUGCUGUUCACUGCGCUGGACACGUAUCGGAGGUAUCAUAUCUAAGGGCUCGAUAUCCUCAAUGAAAUUACAGACUGCAAAUGUACCUGCUACGGGUCCUUAGAUUAGCUUCUUCUAGAUUUUUUUAGAGCCUGCAACCUCGAAUCUGUGCUGACUUCUUUCACAGAAAAACCUGUAACGCAUUUGUUUUAUUUAAACGAUUACUCGUAUUUACACCAAAAGCAUUUCGUGUCUUACUUGAGACUAAUUAUUUUUUUACGAUCCCUAAUCGAGGCGAAACGAAUUGUUAUACAUAAAUAGGUACAUAUUCGAUUCCCUUUGUAUAGAUGUCUUCUUAGUCCUCACGUGUGGAGUACCAUUUGAAUUGACGAGUAUAAAUAUUCUUUUUGACGUAGGUGUGGAUGUUACGAAUUUCAAUGAAAUCUCUUGGUUUGUGUUAUAAUAGCUUAUGCUCAUAUGUGUUAAAGCGAUUAUAUCAAUGGGAUUUUACAUUCUUUCUUCGUUGUUACAUGUGCAUCUUCUGUGUAACUUUCUUUCUUAUAGAUGUCUAAUGAUGAUGAAAGAAAAAAAAACAAACAAACAAAACGUUUAUCCUUAUCGUGUUCUCUUGCAAUAGAAUCUUAUUAGCAUCGUUUUAUUGUACAUUAUCUUAAUGUAUCUAAAUUUGCGGUAAUCAGUAAUACCCAACAAUCGAUGUAAUAUCGUUAUAAUUAUUUGUCAGUUAAGAUAGUCCUUUGUCGCUUAAUUUCUGUACUUGAUUUGUUGAUUAGAUCCGCAAUUAUGCUGGAUCAAAGACGGAAGUAAUGUUACUCUUUGUCUCGUGAUGAAACGAGUGUUCAUGCGUUUUACUUAAUGUCAAAAUAGGAAAUCUAGCAUUACGCUGUUCCUGUGAUCAUUAUUUCGUUGCUUUAGUAAUUAGUUCCCACAUGGUGCAAGCUGGAGAGAAUUUUGUCGGGAUAGAUUCGUAAUGGAUGAUAAUAGAGGAAUGGAAUCGAUCGGGAUAAGAUGUGAAAAUGAUUGAAAAUAGCGUUGCGGAUGCAUCUCAAUUUAAUGCAUUUCUUUUCUCUUCCUUUCGCGAUAAAUGGAGAGGAAGUUAAGAACUGUGAAAUCUAUUCUGUUCUCGACAGUUAAACAACAUGUACUUAUUGAAGGAUUUCGUGUAAAUUAUGGAAACUUAUUGAAGGAUUUCGUGUAAAUUAUGGAAAUAAUAUAUUCAAUAAUGUCUCUUAAAGCACGAGCUUCUUUAAUUACGAAUACAUAAUCUCGAUAACGAUCUAUACAAGGGGAGAGUAAAAUGUACAAGAAAGGUGCUUUUUCAAGCGGAUAAUAAUGUAUUCGUUGGUAUUGACUUUUUUACGGUUUUGUAUAUUCAAAAGGUGACGGUGUGUUCCUAAGGUCUCAGAGGAGUACACUUGUAGUUUUUUUUUUGUUUUCUCCUUAGAGUAGCCAUAGACAUAAUAUUGUUUUGUACGCUCUUGUACAAGUAAACGCGCGCACGAGAGAGUUUUAACGUGUACAUGAUCGAAGAAUUUCCUCUUCGGAAAGUCGAGUUUCAGAUAAAAAUAAUAACAACGUGUAGGGAAAGAAACAAUAUGCGGCAUCCUAAGUUAUAUUCUAUUCUUCUAAUGCCAGUACUCCUUCAAGCGUUCGUUUCAAUUGUAGUUUAGUAUGCGACCCUCCAAAGAGCUUCGAACAUUCUACUGUUACGAUUUGAUGAAUCUGGAUCAAAGUUAGAACCGAUUGAAAACAUCCAGUGUCAUUUAAUUGUGCUUCAUCAUUGCGCCAUUAAUUGUAGUAUUACAUUUAAAUUAUUAAAGAUUCCGCGAGAAGUUUGUAAACGCUUUUGGUAGGAAGCUCUAUGACAUGAUUCAAAGUCACAAAUCGUUGAAAAUUGUGAAGAUCGAGCGUCUCUCAAAGUGUACAUAAUAUGACGUUGUUUACUGCCAUGGUUAUCAUUUAAUUUAGUCGUUCGUGUAAUUACCACAAUUUUACUAAUUUGAAGUAUUACAUCGAUAUAUCCAACGUACACAUUGUAUGUACAAUAAUCUAUAAUAUUGUGACACUUUUAGUUAGAAAUAAGUACAAAAGCUAUUUUCCCAAUAAGUCAGUUACGAUGACUCAUACCAAAUGAGGAUAUGCAUGUAAUCAUCUUAAAAGGUACAAUGCCGAGUGGAUGUGUAUAUUUCAGUAGACGAAGAAAAUUGUAAUUAAGUUGCUGCCGUUAAUAGAGUUUGAAUGCAAGAUGUAAAUGUGUUGAGAAUUAUAUCGUGUCUAUAAUUACAUUGAUCCAUGAUAAAAUGGAGGUUAUUAUAAAGUAACGUGUAACAAUGAUAGCGACGAUAAUUAUCGGGAGAGAGAGGAGAAUGAAUAUACAUGUACAAACGAAAGGUCAAAAUUGCGUACGUGUAUUAAGAGUGUGAGAGAAUGCUCAAUUGAAGGAGGUUCACUGAGGUGCCCUGUCGUUCUUAUCAAUAAUUUUAAUCGCGUCAGUGGUCAUACUAAAGUGGGACGACUUCGGUUGUUGAAUCCAUUUUGCAGGGUUUUCCAUGCAUGUUGUAAAUGCUGCGAGAUCAACGAGUAAGAUUUUAAUUCACCAAUUCAUUAUAUCAUAAAUGUUUAAAUCUUAUAUCACUGUAAUUAAAUAAAUAUGUAUUAUAAUCUCAAUGAAUGAAAAAUAAAUAUAUUGUAUUAUGACGUAA